CUCCUCGCGCUCAGAGGUCUGACUCGCGGUGCUCCGGUGGCUAUCUGCGGACUUCUUUACACCGACUGGACCCGUUUGUCCCGAGAGGAAGAGAAGGAGAGAAGAAGAAGAGAAGGAGAGAAGGAGCUCCACCUGGCCGGUCUUUACACGCUUUACCACCUUUUGGGUUCAAUCUGGAUUAUUAAUAUUGUGGAUCCGAUUUUAAUGGAAAGAAGAAUCUCAACGUGACCAGCGGAGGAUGCGCUUUGUUGUUGUUGUUGUUGUUGUUUGUUGUUGUUGUUGUCUGUCCCGAAAGACACAACUGAUGCGUUUUGGGAACUGAGUGACAGCUGAUUGGAUGGACGAGCUCUACAGCUGAAGAGAGAGAGAGAGAGAGAGAGGCUUCAUGGAGCCCGCAGCCGGGAUGCGCUGCGCAUCUGAACCGCGACGCGGGAACACAACGGCGCACCUGAACGCAACACAACCGUGAAGGAUCCACCAUGUCUUCUUCCUCCUCCUCUUCCUCCCUACUGACGAGGACGCUGACCCAGUGCCGGACCCUGGCCUUCAUGCUGCUGUUGCUGGCUCCCGGCCGCCCGGCGGCCCCGCAGAGCUCCUGGGUGUCUUCAUGGCCUCCCUCCAGCGAGGACCCGUCACGUGGCGUGGUGCAGAGGUCACGUGGCGUGGUGCACAGAGGAGGUCAUGUGUCGUGUUCUCUCCACAGGAACCCGGUGGGCGGGCCUUGUGACGGGGAUCCCAGACAAUACAAGAUCUGCAACACGAAGGAGUGCCCCCCCAGCUCAGAGGACUUCAGAGAGAUGCAGUGUGCUGCCUUCAAUGACCGGCCGCUGGUGGCUGGAAACUCCUUCAGAUGGACGACCUUUCACGGAGGUUCUGACCCGUGUGAACUGAGCUGCUUGGCGCUCGGUCACAACUUCUACUACGACUUCGGCCGCGUGCUCGACGGCACGCCGUGCGACAAGGAGCCCGACGCGCUGUGUGUCAACGGCCGCUGUCUGAGGCCCGGCUGUGACUCCAUCCUGGGCUCCCAGCAGCAGGAGGACGCCUGCAUGGUGUGUGGAGGCCUGAACACCACCUGCCUGCACCACAAGAGCGUGUACCAGAGUCUGGAGGCGGGCGGACCUUUUGGCUACAACCAGGUGGCCAUGAUCCCCGCCGGAGCCACGCACCUCCGAGUCACGGACAACAGCAGGAACUACCUGGCCCUCCAGAACGGGCGAUCCCAGUUCGUGAUCAACGGCAACUGGAAGAUCAGCGUGCCGGGCGAGUACAACGUGGCCGGGACCAAGCUGCUGUACCGGCGCUCGGCCGACACCUGGGAGAGCUUCGAGGUCCCCGGCCCGACCAAGGAGGACCUCCAUUUGAUGGUGCUGGCGACCGACAGGAACCCCGGCAUCGAGUACGAGUACUGGCUGCCGCUGGGCCAGUACGCCCUCCACCACGGGGGGAGGAGCCCACUGCGUCAAGCUCAUCACACUGACAACUACCCCUGGGCCCAACCCCCCCCCACCUCCACCUCCACCAGGCCUCCGCCUGUCACCACCCGACCCCACUGGUUUUUAAGGCCUGUGAAGCCGCCCCGCCAAUCUCUCCACCUGGGCCCCCACCAGGACCCCCACCACCAGAACCCCCACCAGAGCCCCCACCACCAAGGCCACCACCAAGGCCCCCACCAGGGCCCCCACCACCAAGGCCACCACCAAGGCCCCCACCAGGGCCCCACCACCAAGGCCCACCAGGGCCCCCACCACCAAGGCCCCCACCUGCCCAUCCUGCCCCGUUUGGAGCGGGAGGAGAACCACAGGAACCUCCUUCCUCAUCCUCCACCUGGAAGGCAUUGUGGGAAGUGUCGGCGGGUCAAAGGUCGGAGGGAACGCCAGCGACAGUACUGCCAGAAGGACUUUGUGUUCCGCGGCCGCGUCCUGGGGAAGCUGUACCGCGGCGAGGAGACGCGCUACGACGUGCAGGUCAUGCACACGUACCGCAACGGCUUCCGCCUGGAGCACCGCGAGUUCCUGUGGGUGCAGAACGUGUGCGACUGCCCCGACCUGCGCCGGGGGAGCCAGUACGUCCUGAUGGCGCGGCGCCACAUCAACCACGAACGCACGCUCAACCGCAUCCUGCUGGAGGAGGACAGCUACGUGGCGCCCUUCAGGCCGCGGGAGGAACUGCUGCUGCGGCCGCUGGAAAGACUGUGCAGCAACCGGGGGGCCAAGCAGCCGGCUUUUCUGGCACGUGUCGCCUGCAGCGCCAACGUCUGACCAAACCAGCGGAUUCUAAAAGUUCUGUUAACAUCUGCAGCUCCACUGAACCUCCAGCACCAUCAUGAAGAACAACAUAUUACUAUUUACUUCUUUUUAAACUCAAUGCUCACCAAGGCCCCCGGUGACGCCACCGGCCGUCUCCUCACGGCGAGUUGCAACCUGCGCUCAGGACUCGGAGGGGAGGAACUCGAGAUCGUGAAAACACAUUGCUUCACAAUAUAUUCAUGCAUAUAAAGACAACGCUUACGCCACAACUCAAUAGCCAGCGUGUCACUCGUGUAACGUCCUUUGUGUGUCCGUGUUGUGGUGUUUUUACCGCGUGUUUGCUUUAACGUGAAGAGAUUAUGAGUUUUCCAGUAUUGUAUUGCGUGGCACUGAUAUAAGUAUAAGUUGACUAUAUAUGUUUUGAGAAAACUUGCAGUCAGUUCUGUGCCUUGUGUUGUUUGAUAUAUAACAAACCUCAUCUACGUGUGCCAAAAUAAUGUCUUUUUGUACCUUUUUGUCCAUGGAGUGAAUGAAAAUUCUUCUAUUUAACACUUAUUACCACAAAUAAACAACAACAAAGCAGACGGGA